CAAGCUAUCGGCCUUGCACUCUGAAGAUGGGUUCAGUGACUCUUGCUUCGUUCUUCACCAACGGCUACCGGAGUAUCCAGGUUCCGAUGGCCGUUCUUCGCACGUUAGCAUCGCCAAGAGCCUCUGCUCUCUAUAGGCCUCAUGGAAACAAGAAAGAGAGUGCUUUGGCUUGGUGUUGUUUGAGCUCCAACAGGAGAGAGUUUGCAUGUUUCUCCUCGAAACAGGGUGCUGCUGAAAUAGCAUCAGCUUCUUCUGUUAAUGGCUAUCCUGAAUAUCAUAGGUUGCUUCCAUGUCCAUCUGAGAAUGGGGCACCAAGGGUUGAACACCUGGUGGUUUCAGAAGGAGGGCCUGUUCUAGAAUAUCUUUGUAAAGCACUGGAUCUUCCUCCUCUGUUUGUUGCAGAUCUCAUCCAUUUUGGAGCAGUAUAUUAUGCCCUCGUUUGCCCACAGCCUCCACCAAGUGCCACUCUGGAGCAAAUUAAGAUAUUUAAAGAGGUUACUGCCCCAUCAGUACUAAGGAAGAGAGCUUCCAUCAAAGGGAAAACAAUAAGAGAAGCACAGAAGACUUUCCGCAUUACUCAUGUUGACCAGUUUGUUGAACCAGGAACAUACUUACGUGUUCAUGUACACCCCAAACGCUUCCCAAGGUGCUAUGAAAUUGACUGGAAAUCAAGAAUAAUAGCUGUGACAGACUCCUAUGUGGUUUUGGACAAACCUGCUGGUACAUCAGUCGGAGGAACUACAGAUAAUAUAGAAGAAAGUUGUGCAACAUUUGCUACUCGUGCUUUGGGAUUUUUAACACCAUUGAAGACUACUCACCAGAUUGAUAAUUGCUCAGAGGGCUGUGUUGUGUUAGCUAGGACUAAGGAGUAUUGCUCGAUUUUUCAUAAAAAAAUUAGAGAUAAAAAGGUGAAGAAGCUUUAUCUUGCUCUUGCUGCUGCUCCUUUACCAAUUGGUAUAAUUACACACUAUAUGCGUCCAAUUAAUAUGGCUCCAAGACUUGUAUCAGAAGAUUUUGUUAAGGGAUGGUACUUGUGUCAACUUGAGGUUAUGGAAUGCAAGGAGAUUCCUUGGCCCGAUUCUCUCCUUGAAGAAAAAUACUCUAUUGAAGACUUUGGGUGGCCAACAAAAAAUUUUGCUUAUGAGUGUAAAAUCAAUCUUUUGACUGGUCGGACUCAUCAGAUUCGUGCACAACUGGCUGCCUGUGGUGCACCAAUAGUGGGUGACUCUAUGUACAUGCCAGCUGCAAUUGCAGAGGUUACCAGGCCUGGGCUUAAUCCAUUUGGAAAACACAAGAAAAUAUAUAAUAGUGAGGAUGAUAAAGAAAUGGCUGUUACAGAAUGGGUUGCCAGGCAUGGGAAAGAGCCAAGUGUUGCCAUUGGUCUUCAAGCUUGUCAAAUUUCAUGGGAUGAUGGUGAACAUAUUUAUGAGGCUGGAUCUCCCUGGUGGAGAUCCAGUGCAGCCUAGGUUGGCUACUGGGAGAAUGAGGAUCAGAAGUAUCUCUCAAUACCUGACUUGAAGGUUAAUAGAAGCUUUGAGAGCAGCAAACAUGUGGACAAAUGAAAAGGGGAUAGCAAACCUGAUUCUGUCUGAACUCCUUUUGCUUUGCCCCAUAGAUGUGACAUGGAGAGAUGUGAUGGAAUCGGCAUUAUACAAUUUGCAACAAGAGGUGUAGCAUCACCUGCAGUCAGCUGAAUGCAUUAUAGCAAAUGAUUUGUAAAAUUUUGUUGGUAAGAAAACAUGCUUUUUCAU